UCCUGCGCGACCGCAGCUAAGCGUGAACGUCCACUGGAAACCGAGCACGAAGAUACCAGCAGCGAUCAUGGCGCUUCAACUUUUCAUCUUCCAGCGAAGGUAGUAGAAGGGAGAAAGAUCAUAGCUUGCCGUCAGCUGAGCAACAUGGCUGAGCCAAGACCCCGCAGCUUUUCCAAGGUAGCAGAUAAGGCCCAAGAAAAACAAGCCGAUCAGCGGCUCACCUCCUGCAUCCAAGACACCACCCACCCACCCGCCAAGGUCUUGCUGAAAAGCGAAAACUAUCCGGAGGUGAGCGGAUGGUAUUUCCUGACGCAUACCGUGACGCAGGUCGGGGGCCUGAUCUACCCGAUGUACAAAUCGGA